ACUUAAUGCAUGCAACUUCCAACCAACCGUACGCGCUGAAUUUGGCUAGUAUAAAAAGGCAUCUCCCGCGUUAUGUUCCAUCCUGCGUCAGGCGCUGAUAAACACACACACACAAUGACACAAAGCAGAAGUCUAGUGGAGUAUUAGUGUAGUACAAAGCAAAGCAAUGCCUGGUCAAGCGCUCCUGUGCAUGCUACUCACAGUGCUUCUGCCUUUCGCCAAUGGAGCAGGCACGGGCAAAGGUAAGAUCUCGGCCGUCUUCAUGUUCGGCGACUCCAUGGUUGAUCCCGGCAACAACAACCACCGCAUCACUGAGGCCAAGGCCAACUUCCCGCCGUAUGGCCAGGACUUCCCCGGCGGGAAGGCCACCGGGAGGUUCUCCAACGGCAAGGUCCCUGGAGACAUGCUAGCUUCUAGGUUUGGAGUUAAGGAGCUGUUGCCUCCGUAUGUUGGAAAUGAUCUUGAACUAACUGACCUACUCACUGGUGUCGCAUUUGCCUCUGGAGGCAGUGGAUAUGACCCCUUCACUUCGGUGCCUGCGACUGCUACAACCAGUACCGGGCAACUUGAAUCGUUUCUUGAUUAUAAGGAGAAACUCAAGGAGUUGGUCGGAGAGGAGGAGAUGACACGUGUCGUCUCAGAAGGGGUUUACUUUACUGUCAUGGGGGGCAAUGACCUUGUAAAUAAUUAUUUUACAUUUCCUUUGAGGCAGCAUCAAUAUGACCUUCCUUCCUACGUUGAAUUUCUCGUCUCAUCGGCGGUUAAUUUUACUGUGAAAUUAAAUGAGAUGGGUGCAAAGAAGAUUGGAUUCGUUGGCAUUCCACCAAUUGGAUGUGUUCCUUCACAAAGAAAACAUGGAUCAAGAGAAUGUGAUCCAUUGCGGAAUCAAGCAGCAGAACUAUUCAAUUCUAAAAUAGCAAAGGAAAUUGAUCGACUUAAUGCAGAAAGGCAUAUUCAAGACUCAAGGUUUGCUUAUGGAGAUAUAUACUACAAUGUGCUUGAUCUCAUUAAACGACAUGGCCAUUAUGGUUUCAAGGAGGUAACUGAAGGAUGUUGUGGCAGCACAGUGCUAAAUGCAGCAAUAUUCAUCCAAUACCAACCCGCAUGUCCAAAUGUCUACGAUUAUAUUUUCUGGGACAGCUUUCAUCCUACGGAAAAGGCCUACAACAUUGUGGUUGAUAAGAUCUUCCAGCAAAGUCUGCAGUACCUAAUUUGAAGGAACUUCCAUUCUUUCCACUAAAGCCUGAACAAACAUUGUUGCAAACUGCAAUUGAUCUGAGAAUUGGUGCUCGUUGCCGCUUUUAGAACUGUUUUACUACCAUGCAUGGAAUUUCUAUAGCGGGUGAAAGUUUUCUUUUCUCAGAAUGGGUUAUA